GAAAAUGAUGUCUGAUUCGCUGUCUAAAAGAAAACAAUAUCGCGAGGCGAAGGAGGAAACCCGAAAAGUACUCAAGCACGCGCGGUUCGAGGAUAGCCAGGAGGUCAGUCUCCCGAAAAAACGGUUUUAUAGACAACGCGCACACUCUAAUCCGUUUUCAGACCACAAGCUAGAGUACCCAAAGAGUCCCGACUCGAUGGAUUGGAGCAAGUACUAUCCAGGGUUUGUGGAUAGCGACACAGGAAAGCUGGAUCGGAAGGUUGAGAUCGCAGACAUUGGCUGCGGAUUUGGGGGUCUUUUGGUUGAUCUGGCCCCACAUUUCCCAGACAGCCUGAUUCUGGGUAUGGAGAUCAGAGUGCAAGUCACACAGUACGUUGAGGACCGGAUCAUUGCACUGAGAGUGAAACACAAAGACACGAAUGAAUAUCAAAACAUCAGCGUGAUCCGCGCGAACGCCAUGAAGUUCCUUCCUAAUUUCUUCCACAAGGGGCAGCUGUCGAAGAUGUUCUUCUGUUUCCCGGACCCACACUUCAAGCAGAGAAAGCACAAGGCGCGCAUUAUUACGAAGACACUGCUGAGCGAGUAUGCGUACGUGUUGCGCGAGGGAGGAGUUGUGUAUACCAUCACUGACGUCAAGGACCUGCAUGAGUGGAUGGUGAGCCAUUUGGACGAACACCCUCUUUUUGAACGCCUUUCCAAAGAAUGGGAGGAUCAAGACCCUUGUGUGGCCAUCAUGCGCGAGUCGACCGAGGAAGGAAAGAAAGUGGCACGCAACAAUGGUGACAAAUUUGUCGCAUGUUAUAGACGGGUAGCAGCGUAAUCAAUGUGAAGUAUUUAUAAACCUUUCGGACACCGCGUCGGACGCCAUGCUUGCUUCGUCAUUGUUGGAUCUAUUGAAUCGGAAAAUGGACGAGACCGCCUCUGAUCCCUUGCGCAGCGAGCCGCGCAGAGAGUGCGAGUCGUCUGUUUUGAACUUGUAGAUGGUAGCCAGGUCUGGUGGCUCGAUAUCCUGAGGCAAGAUGAACGGCUUGUUGUUUGGCAGCAGUGGGUUUGACUCCUGAGCGCCGGGGUGUCUUGCAGCCUGCGGAGCGUGGCCCGUGAUCAUUCCCGACCUGCUGCUCCAGGCCUCCAAGUCGUUGGUGGAUCCAAAGCCGGAGAGAUUGCCGGAGUGCGUUGAGUACACCGACGACCUGUCGUCAAAAAUGCUAUCCAUUUCUUCGAGACUCAGGCCUUUGGUUUCUGGAAACACAAGCCACACAGUGACGACUGAGAUGAAGCACGAGGUGGCGUGGAUGAGGUAAAGCCUCCACUUAAUUUUUUCGAGCAGGAUCGGUGCAAGCUCCCCGACAAUGAAGUUGCACAGCCAGUUUGUGGCCGUGGCCAUGGCAGCUCCGGAGGCACGGGCCUUAGUAGGCAGCACCUCAACGUUCAGCCAGCCGACGGGGCCCCAACUGCAGCCGAAGAACGAGUUGUAGAUCAUGACGAAAACGACAACCAUGGUAGCGCUAUUGGAUGUCUCAGACUUGCUAAAGUACGAGACUGCACACAAGCUGACCCCCAUAACCAGUCCUCCCAUGAUCAGUACCGGCUUGCGGCCCCAUGCCUCUGUCAGAUACCAUGGCGGAAUGCUGCUGAGAACAUACAAAAUGGCAUUGAUACCGGUGAGCAAGAUGGCAUUUCUGCCAACUCAGCCGGCAUGCUCAAACACCAGCGGAGCGUAAUAUGAUAUCA